AUGGCGGACGAACCUUCGUCACUUGAGCUCGCCUCAAUAGACAAACUCGAGCUCCUCAACGGCACCACCGCAGUCAAUUGGGUGUCGUUUGAAGAGAGCCUCUUCACGUACCUUGGCUCCGUUCGAGUGGGAGAUUAUUGCCUCCUUGACGUCGUCCUCGAAACGCCUCACGGCCUCCCUCCCACCCCGCCCCCGCUCCCAGGCUCCUCCCCCCCUGACGCCCCACCACUCCCGGACGAACCCGCCCCUCAAGCCCCCAUCCUAGGGGCUUGGGAGGAUGACCCAGACAGGUGGGCUCGCACCCUCAACAAGUACAACAAGGAGCAGGACGACUAUGUCAUCAAGGGCAGAGCACACGCGGCUGCCGUCGCCGCUCACGAAGCUGCUACUGCAAAGCUUGCAGAGUUUCAAGCCACCUCCGAAGCAUACUCUACUAACCUUCGUAAGCACCACUCCGAUACUGCUGCAUGGCGCAUUGCUGACCACCGUGCACUCACUGUCAUCUUCUCGUGCAUUCCCUCCUCUCUUAAACGUGACCUUCGCCCUCCAUCCUCCCCCUCUCUUUGGAAGUCUCUCUCCUCUCAAUAUGAUCGUCAGGACUUACGUUCCCUCCUCUCCCUCUUUCGCACCUUCCAAGACAUCACCCUUGACUCCUCCCUCAAUGCCGCCUCCUUCGCUCGGCAUCUCACGGAUACUGCGCAACGCCUCAAUGAUCGAGGCAUCUUGAUCUCACACACCCUUCUUACAGCACGCAUCCUUGACAGCCUCCCACCCACCUAUGACACUUACCGCAUCAACUUCACCACCCAGCACAUUCGUCCUCCUCCUAUGGCUGUUACCAUCGACUGGCUCCUUGACACUCCUCCGGCGACAUCCUUAACCCACCCCCCCCCUCCCCCUCCCACUCCACUACCUCACCUUCCGCUGCAACUCACCUCCCUCCUCCUCCUCCCCCUCCUCCACCUCCCCCGCCCCCUUCCCCUCCAUCCCCCCUCCCCUCCUCUAAUCCGCCCCCCCCCCUCCGCCUCCCCCCCCUCUUCCCCAACGCCCCUCCCCUACCCUUGUCCUUCCCCGCUAUCCCAACACCCGCUCCCUGGACCCCAUCUUUGGUUCCCCACAGACUUCCCCCCCCUCCCUCCUCGCCCUCACCAGUACUUCCCUCCCCCCCCGCUUCAGCCCCCUCACUCCAGAUCCACUGCGCAACCGCUCCACACUCUUGACAGCACCACCGCGCAGCCGAGCAGCAGCACUUCCAUGUAG